GUAACAAUAAUAAAUUGAGAAAAAAAUGUUAUUCGAAAUAUAAAAACGUGCCGAAAACCAUCGACUGAAAUAAAUGAAAUUUGCUACUUAUCUUAAAUUACCUAUAAUUUCGAAGGAAUGAAAUUCAAUGGAUUAGUUUGAAGGUUGUUGUUAGUUCGAAAUGAUGUUUUUAUGGCAGGCUUGUGUUUUUAUUACAUACACUAUUGUUGAAGCAAAUCACGAAUGCGGUUAUCAGAAUGCACGUUGUUAUCAAAACAAUAUUUACGCUAGAUCUGUUGACGGAUCUUGUAAUAAUAUAGAUCAUCCCAAUUGGGGAACCCAAUUUUCUGUCUACGAUAGAUUAGUACCAGCAAAAUACGGAAGAAAAUUUGCAUUGGCGCACUCAAAAAAUGGUAAACCGUUACCUAGCGCUAGGUUAAUAUCGACUACUCUUUUCCUGGACGAAACUUCUCCAGAUCCGGAUUUAACGAUUAGUGCUGUUCAGUAUGGUCAAUUGGUAGCACACGAUUUGAGCGAGGCUUUCAUAGUUGGAGAUCCGUUAUCAUGUUGUACUUCAACAUUUCAAGAAAAGGAUCAUAUGCCGAGUAAUUGUAUACCUAUUAAAAUUCCUCAUGAUGAUCCCAAUUAUUCGAUAAUAAAUGCAACUUGUUUAUCAAUGAUGAGAUCUCAAACCAAUCAGGAGCGUGGAUGUUCUCUUUAUCUACAAAACAUUUCACAGAUAUCAGGAGUUACUGCUUUCUUGGAUUUAUCGAAUGUAUAUGGUAAUACCGAGGAAGAAUCUCGGAGUUAUAGAGCUCAAAAAAACGGAUUGCUUCAACUUAACGUCCGAAAUCAUAGGGAAUGGUUACCAGAAGCCAAUGACAAAGAAUUAAUGUGUCCUUUUCUACCUAAGGGCGAAAGAUGUUAUCAAACAGGUGAUGAUAGAGCGAAUCAACAUCUCAAUCUCGUGAUACUACAUACAUUAUGGCCAAGAGAACACAACAGAUUAGCGCGAGAACUUUCUAGAAUAAACCCACAUUGGAACGAUGAGAAACUUUUUAAUAUAGCAAGAAGUAUUGCUAUAGCAGAACAUCAAUAUUUAACCUAUUAUGAGCUUUUACCAUUAUGGACUUCAAGGAAGCAGCUACUUCAACUUGGAAUUAUCUCCGAUUGUGAUAAUUUCAUCAACGAUUAUGAUGGAAAUAUGAGACCGCAUAUUUAUAACGAGUUUGCCCAUGGGGCUUUCAGGCAUUUUCACUCUAUGAUACCCGGUACAUUACAGCUCGCAGAUUCGUCUGGGUGUCCUUAUAGAACAUUGGUUCAGAGAGAUUAUAUGUUUAGACCAAAUUGUUUAGAAAGAAGCGAUAUAUUCGAUUCUUUGUUACGAGGUAUGACCACGCAACCAUCUCUAACUCCCGAUGCAUUUACCGAUCCCGAACUUACCAAUUUCUUUUUUGCGAUGACAUACAAAUUUGGUUUCGAUAUGAAGGCGCUAGAUGUGCAAAGAGCACGAGAUCAUGGUUUGGGUUCAUACAAUGAUUUACGAGAAUUUUGCGGCUUGGGACGAGUACAGAACUUCAAUCAACUGUUAGACGUUAUGGACAUCACAUCAGUGGAAAAACUCGGUCAUAUAUAUGAUUACGUAGACGAUAUAGAAUUAAUAGUGGCUGGAUCUUUGGAAAAGCAAGUUCCUGGUACUUUACUAGGACCGACAUUUUUGUGUAUAUUUUACGAACAGUUUUACAGAACUAGAAAAUCCGAUAGAUUUUUCUUUGAAAAUACUCAUAGCGGAUUAACGCGUCUUCAAUUGGAAGAGAUUAAAAAAUUUAGUUUUUCCCGAUUCAUAUGUGAUAACGGUAAUAACGUAACACACAUGCAAAAGAACGGAUUUCUACAAGUUUCUAGCAGUAACCUUAGGCUUCCUUGCCAUCAGAUACCCAGAGUAAAUUUGAACUUAUGGAAAGAAAAUCAUCAAGAAAUAAUUGCCAAGAGGAACAGUACCCGGAAAAUUUGAUUAAUGAAGAGAAUUUUUCAACGAAAUUAGUAUAUUGAAACGAAAAAUUAAUUAAAUGAAAGAUCAUUAAUAAAAUGUGGAUUAAAUUCUUCGUUACUUCAUUUUACUAAAUCAAUUCACAUAGUUGAUGAUACCUUGGAGAUGAAUUAAUCUUUGAUUAGAUCUACUGUUGUUAAUCAGAAAUGAAAACAAGAUAAUUUUUGAAUCGCCUUGUAUUCGGAACUACUCAUUGAAAUUUAUCAUCACAAAACAACAACGAAUAAGUUUUAUCUUUGAAUUUUUCAUUUCAUUACUUGGAUCUAUGAUAACUGAAGCUAGAAUUGCUUAUUUUUGUACAAAAUUUUUCAAAAGUUUCAUUUUAAUUUAAUUAUCAAAAAGUCUUCUCGGGAUAUUGGAUUACUCGAGUCAACACAAACCUGUUUUUUCCCAGUAAUAUGUUGACUGAUAAAAAUUUUAAAAGCAUCACUGAAAAAUUUGAUAAAUCAACAAAGAAAUCAGAAUUGAUUCGUCAAACUGUCGUACAUUGAAUCAGAGUACUAUUGGUGGAAUCGAUACAAACGAAAAUAGUUGUUUUAAAAAAAAUACAGAGAUGCAAAGCCUAUGCAAUAUUUAUUCUAUAAUAACAAGGAUGUUUCCAUGUCUUCUGAUAGUUUGGAAAAUACUCAAAAUAAUGAUUACUGUCUCCUGAAAAACAUUUCAAUUACAGUGAAGACUCUGUCGAAUUAACACAAAUUAAUAAGAUGGAAAUUUUAGAUAGAGAACAACAAAAUGUUCAAAAAAAGGAUGAGAUAAAGGUUCAUCCAAAUAUCAUUUUGAGGCUGCCUAAUCAAUUCCAGGAAGCUAUUGCGAAAAAACGGAGGAUUAUUAUUAUUGAUCCAUGCCUGGGACUCAUAGGAAUAUUCGUAAGAGCUGCAGAAUCCUGAGAAAAAUGUAGAGAAGAAGCCGUGGUGUCAAUUUAAGAACCAAGCGGCUAUUUUCAACUUGUGUACUAUCCACACAUGAUGACAACUUGUAUAUAAGGAUAUAUAAAUCGAAUUUAAUCAAUAUCCUUCAUCUAUUUUUCAGACCUAAUGUCAUUAGGUUCUAGAUGACUAAUGAUUUAAUGUUAAUACUGAACGUACAUUCAAUAAAAUUAUUAGUGCUGUCGACAAAAGAAAGAAAAUACAAGAGGUAUUUUGAUACGACUUCAGAUUAAUGUGCACUAUUUUCAAAACUUUUAGUGCUUUAAAUAUUAAUAACUGUUAUAGAUUUCCGUCCCAUGUAAUGUUUUAAUGACGGAAUAUUUAGAAUAGACUGCGUGUCUUCCAUUCUGAGAUAUUGUCUUCCAAAUUCUUCUAAAAGCGACAUUGCAGAAUUUGAAUUCAGAGAAAAAUUAUUUUCUAGAUAGAGAUUGAUUUCGCUUAAUCCUGAUGCUUAUUAUAUAGGAUAUAGGCCAUUUUUGGGAUUUCUUCUUCCACAACACCUUCCAUUGUUUCCUAAGGUGUCUUCUGUUUUAUUUUCUGUCAUCUCAUAAUUCGUUUUUUGCUUUUUCAUUUAUAUUUCUUCUGUCCAGCUAAUCCUGGAUCUUCCUUCCUUGUUCGUGCUUCAUAUAUCUUUCGUAUAAAUCGACCUGCUCUAAUUUUUCUUCUUCUAUUUAUUGUCUGUUGAUUGCAACUUCUUCUGCAAUCUUUACAUAAUCUUCUACUUUAAACUUUUGAUGUUUCAAACAUUUUUGAUACCUCUGACAUAAAUUGUUGUCUUUUUUUUAUAAAUCUCUUGAUACAUUUAUUCGUUUUCUCUACUUCAUAAUCACUGCUCUGGUUUUCUGUUUGCUCUAAAUCCUUGUUGCGAAUCUUCAUCUUUCAGUUUUCUUCCAUUAUUCUGUUAUAAAUCUAUACUUGUGCUUUCCAUGUCUCUGCUAUUUUCAUUUGUACCAUUUACUUCAUUAUUCCGUCUAUUCGUUAUUUUUUGUUAUUUCGGUUUCUGCUAGUUCUGAUCGUCUUCCAGUCUCCUAGGUUUUCAUUUCAUCUUCAUUUAUUAUUAUAUCUUAUGUCUGCCGUAUUUUUGAAUGGACUGUUUUUAUUAUUACUAGUUCUGAUUGCAUUUUUAAUAGUUCCAAAGUUUAUAGUGUUAUCAUAGAAUCUGUUUGAUACAUUAAAGAACCAAAACUCACCAUUCAAUAGCUGUUUUAAUGUCAUUUCUGUCUACCCAAUAUUGUUAAAAAAUAGAUCAUAUUGAAAUGAUUAUAAUUAUCACAGUAUUUACUUACAAUGAUAACAAUCUAACGUGACAAUUUGCUAAACAAUUAAAUUACCCGCUAAUCGGUAUACCUCCCUCUCAAAUAUUUGCAUAUUCUCACUAGCUCAUCGUUUCAACCCUUCAACAACGUUUAGGUCACGACUAGCGGUUUUGUUCGACCGUUGGUUUGUCUACAAAGCAGUUCGCUGUUUUAGAUAAAUGUUAUUCAAGAACUUCAGACUACGUGAUCGCUUAUUCAUUCAAUAUUUGUACGAGGGUUGUAUGGAGAGUUUCCAAACUCAACUUCAUUUCAUUCACAACAUUUAGUAUUCUUGUGACAGUUAACACAAAUGAAGAAGAUAAUACAUAAACUGAUAAUAGCGAACUCAUGGUUCUACUACAAAAAUAUCCACACAAAAAAAUUGGAGAGCCGUACGUAAAGAUAUAUUAUUUACUACGUUAUAGUAGAGAAACUGAACAGAGUCAAACGCAGAGCUGUGGUCGGUGGUGAUCUAAACAACUGUAAACUUCUUGGAAAACUUGGAAGAAGCGUCGAAAGUAGCUAUAUGAAAAAAUUGAUACCACUGUGGACGAUAAGAAUAAAGGAAGAAAUAAUGAAGGAAGAAGACACAUGGAAGAGAUAAAAGUGGAAAUAUGUGAUAGCCGAAGGAAAGAAAACGAUACUUUGGAUCAAACUGGAAGAAGACAACAAAGGAAAUCGAAAAUUGUUCCACGAAAUCAUUAAAUCUUUAAAAAUGGGUAGAAUAUAAGACGAAAUAUACGUAAAGAACAAAAAUGAUAGAAUUUAUCGAGAAGAUAAAAAAUAAUGAUAAAAAUGAAGUUGAUUUUAAACAAUUACUAAUGGGAACAACAGAUAACAUUAUAUAGAUGAAGAAAUUGAUAAAAUAAGUUGAAAAGUGGACCAAGAUGGAUAACGAAAGAAGAAGUUAUACAAAUUGAGACAAAAACGUGCAGUAAAGUAAAAUCUUAACCAUGUUAUGAGUAAAAACCUAAUUUCAGAGGCUUUUCUAACCGCAGAAAGAGUAAGACAGUUGGUGACUUAAGACAAUUGCUUCUCAAUAUAUUUAUUGGAUACAACGAUACCUACAUUAAUAGCUUAAAAUGUUCACCUUUAGCUAAAAUACACUGAGAAAGACGUACUGCGAUUUCCUCUCGAAUCUUCGGAGCUUGUGCAAACUCAGUACGUAUCCUUUCUUCGAGUUCAAUGAUAUUUAUUGAUCUAUUUUGGUACAGUUUACUUUUCAGGUACUUUCCACUGGAAAUUGAACGCGACGUUAGGAAACUGUGCUUCUAAUCUCAUUGUAGGAUCCGCAAUCAGCUGACAAAUGAUCUACCUGAACCAGGUUUCGGACCUUUUGUAUGAAGGUGAAGGUACGACGAAGCGUUGAGGGCUAGUUUCAUCAACGGUCGCGGAUUUAAUAUAGCUUCCAUUUGUAUAAACAUAGAGUUCAAAUCGUACUGAAUAAAACUUACUA